AUUUUAUUCAGCCUCCUUUUUUAUCUUUCUCUCCUCGAUCAACAUGGCCAGAAUUACAAAAAGUCCCAAAAACUUUGAAUCAACAGCAAUGGACACCAGUCCUUCAAAUCAGACCGCAGCCGCAUUCAUCUCUCAAUCCCUUGAUGCUUCUCUUGAUGAAUCAAGUGCUGAUGAAUUAGGUCCAGAAACUAAUGAAGAACAAGCUGGCUUAAAUUCUACAACAAUCACACCAAAAAAGCGUGGCAGACCAUCACUUGCUUCAAGAUCAAUAGCUCUACGUAAUACUCCUCCAUCGGAGAACGAUAUCAUCGUAAAAGAACGUGAUGGUCAUAGACUCAAAUUAGUCUUGUACAAUCAAUUUCGAUGUGGAAAAUGCAUCACUUCCGGUCAAGAGUGUAUUGUGGAAAUUGGACGAAAAGGAUCGCAUGUUGUUCGAUGUGAGCUUUGCAUAGCAAGAAAUCAAAGUGUAACACAUUGUACACUUCCACUUCAAACUUUGUUGGAUUUAGAUGAACAAAAUCCGCAUUUACGGUAUACCAUUCAAAAAAUGGAAAAUCAAGUUAAAAAGAAUGGUUUGCAAUCUUUCACCGCCAGAAAAGAAGAUCCAACAAAUGCUCCUGGUGCUGCUGCUGAUACCUCUAUAAGCGCAGUUUCUGGCCCAAUCUCUGAAAAUCGUUUACGCGAAGCAAGAGCAAGAUUGAACAGUUUGAGAAAAGCUUGCGAAGUGAACGGAGAUAAGUUCAUCGCAAGUCAAUUGGAGGAUAUCAUCUCAGAAUGUCUCUCUGGAGAAGCCUAAAGAGAAGCGAUGCUGCUGUACUAUACCUAUGUCGAUACCAUUCCAAAUAUCAUUCUAGUCGUGCCAUAAUUACCUCUUAUCUACUUUCGAUCAGUCGAAAAUGCAUACAUAAUCGAUGGUCAGAAGGGACUUAUCGUAUUGUCUAUUCAAUCCAAAGUUGCCCUCAUAGCUCCUUCCUUUUGAUUUCCAUCUUGAUGUGCAGAUGCAUUAUAGCG